GCGGGCCGGGCCGCGGGAGCUUGGGAGCCUACGGGGCCGUGCCCGGGGACCAGGCGGAGAUUUGGCCCGGCCGCCGGUUCUCUUUGUUCCAGCGACGGAGGUGCGGUCGUAGUCAGCGGGAGCCGCGGUCCCGACGCCGCCUGGCAGAUGGCCUUGCUGUACGCUCCCUCCCAUUUUGCCGAGGCGCAGGUGAAAUGAUGUCACCCUGGAGAACGCCGAACCCGGUCAGAGGGUCCUCUCGCGUCCUUCUGCCCCCGCGGGUUUCUGGACCGGCUGCGUUUUGUUUUCAGGGGAUGAAAGUUCUUUUCAGGGCUGAAGAAUGAGAGAGAUAUCUCCCGGGGCCAAUUCAGCACCUCUACCUGGCCAUCCUAACAAGGUGAUUUGUGAAAGGGUGAGACUUCAGAGCCUGUUCCCUCUCCUCCCAAGUGAUCAGAACACUACCAUUCAAGAGGAUGCUCACUUCAAAGCUUUCUUCCAGCAGAGUGAAGAUAGCCCAAGUCCCAAGAGACAGCGCCUUUCUCAUUCCGUCUUUGAUUAUACAUCAGCAUCACCAGCUCCCUCACCACCAAUGCGACCAUGGGAGAUGACAUCAAAUAGGCAGCCCCCUUCAGUUCGACCAAGCCAACAUCACUUCUCAGGGGAACGAUGCAACACACCUGCACGCAACAGAAGAAGUCCUCCUGUCAGGCGCCAGAGAGGAAGAAGGGAUCGUCUGUCUCGACAUAAUUCCAUUAGUCAAGAUGAAAACUAUCACCAUCUCCCUUAUGCACAGCAGCAAGCAAUAGAGGAACCUCGAGCCUUCCACCCUCCGAAUGUAUCUCCCCGUCUGUUACAUCCUGCUGCUCAUCCACCCCAGCAGAAUGCAGUAAUGGUUGACAUACAUGAUCAGCUGCAUCAAGGCACAGUUCCUGUCUCCUAUACAGUAACUACAGUGGCGCCACACGGGAUUCCACUCUGCACAGGCCAGCACAUCCCUGCUUGCAGUACACAACAGGUCCCAGGAUGCUCUGUGGUUUUCAGUGGACAGCACCUCCCUGUCUGUAGUGUGCCUCCUCCAAUGCUUCAGGCAUGUUCAGUUCAGCACUUACCAGUACCAUAUGCUGCGUUCCCACCUCUUAUUUCUAGUGAUCCAUUCCUUAUACAUCCUCCUCACCUUUCUCCCCAUCAUCCUCCUCAUUUGCCACCACCAGGCCAGUUUGUCCCUUUCCAGACACAGCAGUCAAGAUCGCCUCUGCAAAGGAUAGAAAAUGAAGUGGAACUCUUAGGAGAACAUCUUCCAGUAGGAGGUUUUACUUACCCUCCAUCAGCCCAUCCCCCAACAUUACCUCCAUCAGCUCCUUUGCAGUUCCUAACACAUGAUCCUUUGCAUCAGGAGGUAUCCUUUGGAGUACCUUAUCCUCCAUUUAUGCCUCGGAGGCUCACAGGACGCAGUAGAUACCGAUCACAGCAGCCAAUGCCACCUCCCCCUUAUCAUCCCAGCUUACUACCAUAUGUGUUAUCAAUGCUUCCAGUGCCACCCACAGUGGGCCCAACUUUCAGUUUUGAAUUGGAUGUGGAAGAUGGAGAAGUAGAAAAUUAUGAGGCCCUGUUAAACCUGGCAGAGCGACUAGGAGAGGCUAAGCCUCGAGGAUUGACUAAAGCAGAUAUCGAACAACUUCCUUCUUACCGGUUCAAUCCUAACAACCACCAGUCAGAACAGACUUUGUGUGUAGUAUGCAUGUGUGAUUUUGAGUCAAGGCAGCUACUUAGAGUCUUACCCUGUAACCACGAGUUCCAUGCCAAGUGUGUUGACAAAUGGCUUAAGGCAAACCGUACUUGCCCAAUUUGCCGAGCUGAUGCUUCAGAAGUGCAUCGGGAUUCAGAAUGACCAACCUAAGAGCACAAAUAUAGUUUGGGUGUUCCUCAUCACAUGUAUAUACGGACUAUCCAUUGAACUUAAUCUGUGUGGCUUCCAGCCCUCCCUUUACCAAAAGGGUCAAUGGACCUUUCUUUGCACUGUGUGACUUAAUCAACUAUAAAAGCUUACAAUUAGUCUUCACAAUUAUGGGAUUGUUAUACUAACCGUGUGAUUGGAACUCCAAAGACUUUCUUUAGCUUAAUUUCGUGUGUGCACUAACAUUCCCUGGUUUUUGUGUGAUCAUUCCGAGUGUUGCUGCAAGAUUACAGUGGACGUGAUCUUUUAGCAUGUGCUUUUAUAAAAAGUGGUAGCUCCAGAUGAUAUAGCAAUCUACCUUAUAUAGAGCCUUCAGAAACUGUGAGUGGAAAUGAAUGCAGCGUAUGAUUGUUGGUGAUAAAUGUAUCUGUGUGAGCGAAUGUGUGCAACUACUUGUGUGAGGGCAUGGUAGCUAAUGUAUGUAUGAGAUCCUAUAUACCAGCAUGUACCAAGAAUGUGUGCGUAGUUUUAAUUAUGCUGCAAUGUAUAAUCUGGUGUGUUAUUUAAACAGCACUAGUACUGUACACUGGUUUUUUUCCCUUGUGUUUGCUGUUGCACACUGAUUGCUAAGGGUGCAUCAAUUAUAAGCAUUGAAUACUCCAUCUCCUUCCCUCCCAACGAAUGGAAUGAGAAAAGCCUUCUUCCUUUGCUUCAGGCAGCUGUCACCUUCUUUUCAUUGGUGGUCCCAAGUGAGUCACUUAAGGAAAAAAGCGUAACAGAUUCUCACUCCAUGAACCUGAUUUUUUAUUCUGUUGUGGAAAAGAAAUUUUUAAAUCUCCAACUUGCUGUUUCCAAAAAGAAGGUGCAAUAUCAUACAUCAUCAGUUAGCAAUAUUAGCAUUUCAAUCAAUGAUUUGAAUGUUGAUACUUUCGUGUUUUUUUCCUUUACAUUUCCAGUAAGCUUUUUACGAAAGUACCUGUGACUUUUUUUUUAAUGUCUAGAUUUGUAGUCUAUUCUGAAGAUAUUUGAGUAAUAUAUUUCUAAGCAUACCACUGGUCCCAUGAAGUCUCACCUCCUUGACUUCCAUCAGAACAAAAUCUGUUCACUAACUCAGCUUGAACUUCUAUGUGUUCCUUGUUCAAAUUUCCAUAGGCAACUGACUUGUUUAAGAACGCUGUUUUUCUGUUCCUAUGAAUCAAUCACCUGCCAACCUCCAUUUCUGAAAGUUACCUGAUUGUUCCUCUCUCAGUAAAUGUGCUUCUCAUCAAAGCCCUUAUUUCAGGAUGGAUCAAGCACUGUCACAGCUUUUGUUCCUUACACCUGAUUUGCCUUGAUAUUUUAUUGCUUUCCUUUUAAUUUUUGUUUGAAUGAGAAAAGUUUAAUACAACAGGUAUCCAGAUUACUUGCAGUAUAAAUGAAGAUUUGAUUUUUGUAUAAAAAAUAAUAAUGCUGUCAAACAGGAAUUGACCUUCAUUUAGUUGACCUGAAAUAAUACGUAGCGUGUGGUUUUUUCUAAAUAGGUCCACUGAGGAUAAUUCAGAUUGGUUAAUGUCAGUUCUCCAGCAAAGUUUCUUGUUCUUUUAGUGCAUUCAUCAUUGCCUCUUCCUGCAGCUGGCGGCAUUGCUUUAUUUGCAGUAGCACAAGCUGCAUUUUUCAGUCAGAACCAUGGUGAUUGGCUGCUAGCCUCACUCAGCUUUCAUUGGCUCUGUGUCAUUUUUCUGCUCCAACAGUGUUAACGACUUGUUAUUGCCAUGCUGCUUGCCUUCCCUUGAAAUCCCUAUAAGCUCAUCACAGCCUAGAGUUCAGUAAAGUAAAUGCACACAGAAGCACAAUUUGCCCUUUUCCAGAUACUGUUGCCUCUAUCUAGUCAUACAAAUAAAAUUUUGCAUACUUUGUUUGCCCCUCGAUUUGUCAGUGCAUCAGACAAAUACAUCUAAAUAGUGGUAAAAUGCACAUGCUACUUUUAAGUCAUUAGGAUAACCCCCACCUAUUCCUAAUGAAUAAAAAGUGUGUCAGAGACCAAAAUUAUUGGCAUAAUAGUCAGCUACAUACAAAUCACGUAUAGUUUAAUCUUUAUUUUUUUAAUUAAAAAAUCAUGUUUAAAAUGGCAAAAGCCCAUCUUAUACAUAGACUCUUUUAUAUUGCUGCAAAAAAUUUGUAUCUGUACAGAUCUAACAUAACACUACUACACUCAGUAUUCAUUUUAUUGAAGCAUGCAAGUAAAGCACUUUUUCUAAUUUAUAUAGAUACCCAACAAGGCACAUUGUACUAAUGACUAGGAAAAGUAGCUUUUAUUUCCCUCCGUCAGACUGAAUUCUUGUCCUAAUGUCCCUUUCCAGUGUAUUUUUGAGAGGCAGUUAGCAAUUUAAGAGGCAGCAGGGUCUGUUUGGAUAAAUCCUGAAUUUAAUUGUUGCGCUCUUGUGGUUGAUCUCUCUUUGGGAAUGUCUUUUCAUUGCAUGGGGCUCUUGGAGAUGUGUGCAGAUUUGCUUAUUAAGUGGUUAGUGUGUAUUAAGAGCACAUAUGCAUGUGUUCUGACAAGCUCAGAUUAGCCACAGUGAGCAACUUUGUAGCUAGCUAGCAAAAGCGAAAACAGUUGAUUCAUGCCCAGCAUUCAUGCCCAGCUGUUGUCACCUUGGGUGGUGCACCAGAUAGCAGGCAGAUGUUGGUUUGUUACCUUCAUCUUUUUCCUCCUAUGACAAUAUUGGCUUUAUCAUCAUAACUCAGCUGUGAGGGUUUUUGUGGGUUUUUGUUUUUUGGUUUUUGUUUGUUUUUUUUUUUUUUUUCCCACAUAAAUUGUCAUCGAUGUUUUUUAAAUUUCCACUCCCCCUCCUCCAAAAAAGAUGAGGUCUCCAGGUAUCAAGAUCUCAUAACAGGAUUUUCUGUCUUAAAAAGAAAUAAUUUUUAGCAGAAUCUGGAAAAUGUGAAAGCCUAUUUAGAUUUUAUAUACUCUGAAAUGUGAUUUGUUAAGAUACUUAAAUUUGGACCUCAUAAUAAUUUUGAAUGAGAUCUACCAACCAACUCAGUUAUGAGAAUAUUUUUCACAGAUAUCUUUAGGCCUUCAUUACUAGAAAGCUGUUUUCCCCCUGUUAGUACAUUUGGUUACCUCAUUUUGCUGUUUGUUUCAGAUUAUGAAAGCUUA